AUGGUAUGGGCUACCUACAUAAGCAAGCUUCGUAGGGCGUAUGAGCGCAGCCAUAAUCUUCGACUACGCCACCUGCAGCACUGGGAGCUGGCCCACAUGGCCAAGCAAGACAAGCAGAGAAAGAAGCGAAGGCGAAGGACCUCCGCGGAAAUCGGGGACAUGAAUCUGGCACGACUGAGCAACUUGCUCCAGAAAUGGAGCCGGCUGCUGCAAAAGCAUGCUGCUUCUGCGAAGCGGAAGAUCAAGCAGGAAGCCCACGGUAGCAUGGAACAAAGCUCGCGAUGCAAGACGAGCUCGUGA